AUGCUGAAGAGCUGCGGGAGGAAACUGCUGCUGUCCCUCGUGGGCUCCAUGUUCACCUGCCUCCUGGUGCUCAUGGUGGAGCCACCGGGAAGGCCGGGGCUAGCCCGGGGGGAGGCCGGCGGGGCGCAGCGAGCGCUGCAGAGCCUGGGGGCGGCGGCGGCGGUGGCCCCUUCCGCGGUUGGGGCACAGGGUUCCCCCGGUCUCCGUAGUUUCGCCGACUACUUCGGGCGGCUGAGCCGAGCCCGAAGGGAGGUUCCUGCCGCCCCGCCGAGCCCUCCGCGGCCGCCGGCCGAGGACAUCUCUCCUCGCGAUGUCUUCAUCGCCGUCAAGACCACGAAGAAGUUUCACAAGGCACGGCUGGAGCUGCUGCUCGACACCUGGAUCUCCCGUAAUCGCGACAUGACCUUCAUCUUCACAGAUGGGGAGGAUGAGGAGCUGAAGAAGCAAGCACGGAAUGUCAUCAACACCAACUGCUCAGCUGCCCACAGCCGCCAGGCCCUGUCGUGCAAGAUGGCUGUGGAGUAUGACAAGUUCAUCGAGUCUGGCAGAAAGUGGUUCUGCCACGUGGAUGAUGACAACUACGUGAAUGUGCGAAUGCUGGUGAAGCUCCUCUCCAGCUACCUCCACACGCAGGACAUCUACAUUGGGAAGCCCAGCCUGGACCGGCCCAUCCAGGCUACGGAGAGGAUCAGUGAGACCAAGAUGCACCCUGUGCAUUUCUGGUUUGCCACGGGCGGAGCAGGGUUCUGCAUCAGCCGGGGGCUGGCACUGAAGAUGAGCCCAUGGGCCAGCGGGGGCCACUUCAUGAGCACCGCGGAGAAGAUCCGCCUGCCUGAUGACUGCACCAUCGGCUACAUCAUCGAGUCUGUGCUGGGGGUGAAGCUUAUCCGGAGCAACCUUUUCCACUCACACCUGGAGAACCUCCAUCAGGUGCCCAAGACAGAAAUCCACAAACAGGUGACACUAAGCUACGGUAUGUUUGAAAACAAACGCAAUUCCAUCCACAUGAAGGGAGCCUUCUCCGUUGAGGAGGACCCAUCCAGGUUUCGCUCCGUGCACUGCCUGCUGUACCCCGACACACCGUGGUGCCCUGCCAACGUGGCUUACUAGGAGGCACAAGUCCCCUCCAACCUCGUCCCGAGUUUCCCCGGUAUCCGACGGGCAUGCGGGACCCGAGUGCGGGUGUGUAGGUCCGGCCUCGCCACGAGGCGGAUGGACGGAUGGACGUCGUUGCUGUGGUAUUGCACAGUGUGUGUGUACUGAAGGCUGCUGUGCGGCCCCUUGUCCCCUUGUCCCCUGCCUGCCCGGCUGCCCAUGCCCGCUGCCUGCUCCAGCCAGGACAGUGGAGAGGGGAUGGGUCCUGAGCACUUAACCAUGGGGCACCCUUGUGGUGCUGGUGGGCCCUACGCCAUGCGUGGGGAGCGACCACAGGCACUGCGGGGCUCUGCCUCCCCCGGGCUUGCUUCUCCUUUUUCAUUCCUUUCAAAUGUUAAGUUUUUUUGAUGUGUACCUCCCACCCUUGCCUCUACCCAUCCAUCCCACUCCCAUAACCUCUCAUCCCGUCUCCCAGUCCCAAAAAUCUCAGCAGCGAAGCUCCAGCUCCCAAUUCCAGUGAAGGGUCACAGGCAAGGUUUGCUCCCUGGUUUGGUGUGCAGGCAGAGGAAGCCUCCCAGCUGUGGCCAAUGCUGCUCUAUGGUGUUGCAGAGCUGCUUGGGUGCUUGAUGGCUGCACUGGAGGGAGAUGGUGGGGUGGGCCGACAUCACUGGCUCCAGUUCCCAGAGCUUCCUGUCUCUGGCUGAACUGUUGUUGGCAGCAUCGACCUGUGCAUUAUUUAUAGAGAUUAAUGUAAAGACUUUCUAUAAAUAUGGAGGGCGGGUGGAGGGCUUCCCUGGAGCUGCCAGUGUGGUGUGGGAGAUGUUUGUGCAGAUCUCCCUUCAGUGCUGCCUCUCUGCACCUCUGCCAUGCAGCACUGUAAGAUCCACUCAGGGCCUAGGUUGGUGUCUCCAGCCCUGCCAUGGGGCCACAGCAUCCUCGAGCCCUGGUCUGGCUGUGGUUGCUGCUGGGCUUGUCAGAGCAUCCAAGGCACUCAGCUGAACUGGCACCUGCCAUGGGCAGGGAGUGUUUCCCAGCCUGACUGUUGCUCUCUCCCUGCCAGGGAGGGAUUCAGAUGGGGAAGGAGAGGGACCUCUCACCCCCCAUGCCUUACCUGCUGCCGCCUGCCCUGAACCCCUCGCGGUAAGUGGGCUGAGCUGGAGCUGAACAUUUCCAAUCUGAAGCUGAGUGAAAAUAGCCCAUAAUGGGUGCGUUGUA